AUGUCUAAUAAUGUUAAGAGUAUUUCAGUGGGAUAUAAUCCUGUAAACAAAAGCAAAGUUUUCAGCAGCGGUGAUUAUAUAUCAGGACGGGUUACUUUAGAACUAGUGAAUGACUGCAAGAUAGAUUCACUGUGUGUAAAGCUGAAGGGAAAAGCAGAGGUCAAAUGGACUGAACAUUAUGGAAAAACAGUUGUUGUAUACCAUAACAAAGAGAAAUACUUCAGUAUCAAGCAAUUUAUCAUUCAGGAGAAACAAGGUAAUAAUACUGUUGGCCCAGGCUGCCAUGUCUACCCAUUCACCUUUCAGAUUCCAGAUCAAGAGCUGCCGUCCUCGUUCAAAGGCUCAAAUGGAAAGAUCCUGUACACACUGGAGGCAAACCUGAGCAGGUCCAUGAGACUAGACUGUAAAGCUAAGGCGGAGUUCACCGUCGUCCACAAAGCAAACCUGAAGAGCGAUCCGUUGCUGAUGACUCCACAGCACAGUUUCACUGAUAAGAAAAUGAAGCUCUUUACAUCAGGGACAGUAGGCAUGGAUGUAAAUAUUGAGCGAACAGGCUUCCACCAAGGGGAAGGCAUAAAGGUUGUGGCCUCCAUUCAGAACAAAUCAUCUCGUGACAUUAAGCCCAAGUACUGUUUGUAUAGGAAGUACAGCUACUUUGCAAAGGGGAAGAGGAAAGUCGAAACCAAAGACAUCCUGAAAGAGGUGGGUGAAGUCAUCCCACCUUCAGCGGAUCAGACUGUCACCAGGAUCAUCACCAUCCCCUCCACCACAUGUGUGUCCAUCUUGAACUGCAACAUCAUCAAAGCAGAGUACAGGCUCAGGGUCUAUCUGGAUGUUAAGUAUGCUUCAGACCCUGAGAUCAAGUUCCCCAUAGUCAUCCUGCCCGCUUCACAGGGUCCAGAUGAGGAGCAGCCAUUUGUUCCUCCUGCUUAUGGAUUUGAAGCAUUUGCAGGAGGGACCAGCUUCCAACAAAACCCAACAGCCUUUGGCCCUUCUGCUCCACCUCCACCCUAUGGUACAUAUGGAAUGUACCCCUCCUUGAGUGAUUUUAGUGGGAAAUCCUAG